AUGCGAGCGGCAUUGCUGCAUAGUGAAGGACUUACUUGUUGCUCCGCCUCCCGACCUCCCCUGCCAUUUGCGUAUGCCGCGCCGCGCACUGUGAGCAUUGCCGUGACUCCGCCUCCUUCCCGAACUGCAGCGCGGCACCAUCCUGAACGGCAGAGCGGCGCCAUCCGGAACUGCAGGUCGGCACCCACUCCAGCCUUGAGCCCAGCUGCCCAACUGAUCCUGAGCCUGCUGGAGUCUUCAGAACUGUAAGUAUUUACAGUAGUUAGUUACAGUAAUAUAUAUUGUUUUAUGGGAGUAAGGGUGGUUAGAGGGGAGGUGAGGGGUGGUUAGAGGGGAGGGGGAAGGGUGGAUGGAGGGGUUAGUAGUACAGUACUAUCACAUUGUUAAAAAUAAAGUAAUCUGUUAAAUACUAUAUAUUUGUGUCAGAAGUUGUGCUUUUUUAAUUUUUAUAAUAAUGAUACAGCCAUUUUAUUUAAUACUUUUGUGCUGAUCCUUUUUUUUCCCUCUAUUUUCAAGGGACACUAUAGUCACCAGAACCACAACAGCUAAACGUAGUAGUUCUGGUGUCUAUAACAUGUCUCUGCAGGCUUUUUAAUGUAAACACUGCCUUUUCAGAAAAAAAGGCAGUAUUUACAUUACUGCUGAGGAAUACCUCUAGUGGCCACUCAUCAGACGGCCACUAGAGGUGCUUCCUAAUCCAGUGUUGCACAACGCAUUCGCGCUAAACACUCCUCAUAGAAAUGCAUUGAUUCAAAGCAUCUCUAUGAGGCCACGCAUGCGCAAUAGCCUCCCAAUGCUUCUCUAUGGGAAAGCAGUGUGUUGGGUAUGAUAUACAUGUGCAUAUAUGUGACAUGUGACAUUCAUGUGCAUUAUAUUAAAGAGGUGAUCUGUAAUACACUCACAAAUUGUACGUUCCUGUGAGUUAUAUUGCUGUAGAGCUUGUGAUACUCACACACUCCACUUUUCUAUGCAUUUUAUUCUGAGGUGAUCUGUGAUAUACUUGCACAUCGCACAUUACUGUGAGUUGUAUUGCUGUGGAGCUGUGCAAUACACUUCACAUUACUGUAAGUUGUAUUAAAGGACCACUAUAGUGCUAGGAAAACAAACUCAUUUUCCUAGCACUAUAGCGUCUUUAGGUCCCCCCCACCCUCAGGGUCCCACUCUCGCCAGGCUGAAGCGGAGGAAGCGGUUAAACUCUUACAUUUCUCCAGCGCUGGGCUCCCUCGGUGCUGGGGAACUCUCCUCCCUCUUCCGAUGUCAGCGCUGAAUGAGCCACGCGCACGCUGCAAGAGCAGCGCGCACGUUCAAUCAGUCCAUAGGAAAGCAUUUCUCAAUGCUUUCCUAUGGACUUUAGCGUCUUCUCACUGUGAAAAUCAAGCGUGGGAGCGCCUCUAGCGGCUGACAAUGAGACAGCCACUAGAGGCUGGAUUAACCGUAUUGUAAACAUACUAGUUUAUUUGAAACUGCUAUGUGUACAGUUGCAGGGUUAACCUUAGAUGGACCUGGCACCCAGACCACUUCAUUGCGCUGAAGUGGUUUGGGUGCCUAUAGUGGUCCUUUAAUGUUGGACAAAAUCGUUUGAUGAAAGAAGAGGAAGCCUUACUGGCGUGCACAUUUACUCUUGCGUGUAUACAUGCAUGCACUGGAGUCUUAACCCGUCAGAGAGAAGAUCCAUGCAACAGUCAUGAGCACAGCUACAGAAGGGAAGAGCAGACAAAGCAUGGAAGAACAGCGAGAGGAGGAAGGGGAUUGGUAUGGCGCAUGCUCUCGUUAGAAGCCUUCUGUGGGAACUUUGCAUCUGUAGUAAGUUAAACAGCAUGCUUGGCUGUAACAUCAACAUUUUAAAUAUGCAAAAAUCCUAUUAAAAUAUAUGCAUUUUCACUCUAUUGACUUUUGUUUAUGGAAGUGUCAAUCACGUUUAUUUAUUCAGGAGCCUGACUGCCCUCAACAUGUCCAAACCUCUGAGUGGUGCUCAGAAGUGGAAGAAGAAGCAGGAGUUGAAGGAAAAAAUAUGUAGAAUUCCAAAAAUAACUGGUUUUCUUUUACCUACAAGUCGAUCUUCUGCACAGCCUUCUGCGUGUGGAUCUUCUAAAGAACAUGCUAGUACAUGUUCUCAGGAAGAGAUUCCUCCACAAAGUGAAUCAGAAUAUGGCUCGGAACUCAACACAGUGGAUUCCUCUGAUCAGCCCAUGUCACUAGAAACCACUCCAGUUCCCAUGGAAGUUGAGAAACCUAGCUUCCAUACUGUUGAAAUACAAGACGCAUCUGCUGAAGCAGUUGAUAUACCGCCAAAAUCCAUGGAAAAGUCAGGUUUCCUAACUGACAUUGGUUUGUGGCCCAACUCAUCUACUCUUGAGAUGCGGGAGUAUUGGCCCAAAAAUGGAAAUUCGUCAGUAAAGAAACCUCUGGAAAAACUGCGCAAUGAAGGAUUUCCAAAAUCAUUUAAAGAUGGACGUUGCUGUACAGCAGAUAUGUUUCUUCGUAACUGUCCCAAUGGGGACAAAGUUGAAAGGAAGUGGCUUUGUUACUCAAAUAACAGAGGCCGAAUAUACUGUUUUGACUGCAAAUUAUUUAGUUCAUCAACAAAUGCAUUUUCCAGUGAUGGUUUCAGCAACUGGAAACAUGCCAGUGAACGAAUUUCAUCCCAUGAACAGUCUCAUCAUCAUAUACGCGCUGUGAUUGAUACAGCCAAAUUUUCAAAACUGGAAGAUCGGAUUGACUAUAAAAUGCAACAGCAAAUUGAAGAGCUGACCACCUAUGGGCAAAACCUAGUAAAACGUUUGCUUAGUGUCAUCGUUUUUCUUGCUGAGAGAGGAUUGGCUUUUAGAGGUGAUGAUCAGACUAUUGGAUCCCCACAUAAUGACAACUAUCUCGGUAUUUUGGAAUUACUGUCAGAGUAUGAUGCUUUCCUAGCACAACACAUCCAAACAAAGGCAAACAAAGGCAAAGGAUGUACAAGUUAUUUAUCAGCAAAUGUCUGUGAGGAACUCAUACAAAUUACUGGGGAUAAGAUCUUAGAAGUUGUCAUCAACCAUAUUAAAAUGGCAAAAUACUACUCUGUUUCUGUGGAUUCAGCGGAGGAUUCUUCUCAUACUGACCAACUCACCGUGAUUAUUUGA